AUAAAACUUUGUGCACCAACACACACAGCUUCCAGCACCUGCCAGCUGGGCCAAAAUGGGGAUUAGCAAAGCCGCAGCUGCCUUUCUCUUUCUUUUCUUGCUCAGUUCAGUGCAAGGAAACAUACUAGACAGCUAUGUGAGAACAGAGGGAGCUUGGCUGCUCAACCCAAAGCAGCAAAUUUAUAAGACAAAUAGUAAAGAAGAAUGUGCGGAGCGGUGUGAAACUGAAAAUAAAUUUACUUGCAGGGCCUUCCUGUUCACCAGUAAAGACCAACAGUGUUUAACAUUGGCUGAGAACACCAAAACAGCAGUGAUAUUCAGAAGAACAAAUGCAGUUCUUUAUGAAAAAAGAAUUUAUCUUCUAGAAUGCAAGGAGGGAAGAGGGGUGGAUUACAGAGGAACAGAAGCCAAAACUCAGAAAGGUGUGCCGUGCCAGAAGUGGGUUGAUAAUGUGCCCCAUAAACCAAAUUACACACCUGAAAAAUAUCCCAAUGCGGGACUGGAGGAAAACUACUGCAGAAAUCCUGAUAAUGAUGGAAAGGGACCCUGGUGUUACACCACAGAUCCUGAUACCAGAUUUGAUUACUGUAACAUCCCAGAGUGUGAAGUUGAGUGUAUGCACUGCAGUGGAGAAAAUUACCAUGGAGCAAUUGCAACAACAGUGUCUGGGCUUGAGUGUCAGAGCUGGGACUCCCAGCAGCCUCACUCUCAUGGAUACCUCCCGGAAAAUUUUCCAGAGAAGGAUCUGAAGAUGAAUUAUUGCCGUAAUCCCGAUGGUGAACCUCGUCCCUGGUGUUUCACUACCAGCCCGACUAAACGCUGGGAAUAUUGCGACAUUCCUCGUUGCACCACACCUCCGCCAGUGCCUGCACCAGGGCGCCAGUGUCUAUCAGGAAGAGGAGAAGACUAUCGAGGCACAAUAUCUGUUACUGAAUCGGGAAAUACCUGUCAGCACUGGAGUUCUCAAUCUCCUCACAGACAUGCUCGCACCCCUGAAAACUAUCCCUGCAAGAGCUUAGAGGAAAACUACUGUAGAAAUCCCGAUGGCGAGAAGAUGCCAUGGUGUUACACCACCAACAGAACCGCCCGGUGGGAAUAUUGCACCAUCCCCUCCUGUGAUGGGGCAGAGCCAGAGACCCCUGCUGUUGAUGUGCCUGAGCAGGCUCAAAUUACUGAGGAGUGCUAUCAAGGCAAUGGUGUGACUUACCGUGGCACAGCUUCUUUCACUCUCACGGGAAAGAAAUGUCAAGCCUGGAGCUCAAUGUCACCACACCGACACAAUAAAACGGCAGACCGGUUCCCAGAUGCGGACCUGAAGCAGAAUUAUUGCAGAAACCCAGAUGGGGAUAGCCGCCCGUGGUGCUACACCACUGACCCCAGUGUGAGAUGGGAGUAUUGCAACCUGAAGAGGUGUGAUAACCAUGCACAAGUGACUUUACCAAAACCUCCUCAGACAACACUGGGACCAAAACCUGAUUGCAUUAACGGUAAUGGUAAAGACUAUCGUGGCACAGUAACAAAAACUGGAAGGGGCAGGACUUGUCAAGAGUGGAGUUCUCAGAGACCUCAUAGCCACGACUAUUUCACUCCCAGAACUCAUCCAGAAGCAGGCCUAGAUAAAAAUUAUUGCAGGAAUCCUGAUGGAGAUGUGAAUGGACCUUGGUGCUACACAACAGACCCAAGAAAAGCCUGGGAGUACUGUGACAUUCCCAAGUGCCCUCCUGCUCAGUAUGAGUGUGGAAAAUCCAAAUUCAGACCAAAGCUGUGUGCUCAAAGGAUUGUUGCUGGGUGUAUAUCACAUCCACACUCCUGGCCCUGGCAAAUCAGUCUCCGGACAAGUUUUGGCCUGCAUUUCUGUGGGGGAACUCUGAUAGAUCCUCAGUGGGUUCUUACUGCUGCUCACUGCUUAGAAAAGUCCUCAAGGCCAUCUGCAUAUAAAGUAUACCUUGGAUUACACAAAGAAAGAGCAUUAGAGCCAUCAGUGCAAAAACGAGAUGUUGAGAAAUUGUUCAAGGAGCCACACAGGGUGGAUAUUGCUCUGCUAAAACUGAGCAGCCCAGCAAUCAUCAAUAAUCAUGUAAUCCCCGUUUGUUUGCCAAAAGAAAAUGCUGUGUUAGGAGGAAGAGAGGAGUGCUAUGUGACAGGCUGGGGGGAUACAAAAGGAACUGGUGGUGAUGGCUACUUAAAGGAAACUGGUUUCCCUGUAAUCGAGAAUAAAGUAUGCAACCGCCCUGAAUUUUUGAACGGUAGAGUCAGAAAACACGAGCUCUGUGCUGGGAAUAUUCAUGGUGGCACAGAUAGUUGCCAGGGGGACAGUGGAGGACCUCUAGUCUGUCGGGACCAAGAUAAAUUUGUCCAGCAUGGAGUCACCUCUUGGGGUCUUGGCUGUGCGCAGCCCAUGAAACCUGGUGUUUACGUUCGAGUUUCCAGUUAUAUUCCUUGGAUUAAGAGUAUAAUGGAAAACAACUGAUCCUGGGUAUGGACUGCCCUCUCAUGAAAAGCAGUAUGCACAUUAGAAUAAGAUUCCAAGUGCAAUAUUAAAGCUACAAUCGUUCAUAAGAAAGUAAAAUAAAUAUGAUCAUCCAUUCUAAAUUGCUAUAAAUUAACAGUUAUUGCCAAGCAAACCAACUGAUGGUGGUUUACCCUCUGUUUGUAUGUUCUAUGGUUUGCUAUGUUUGACAAUAGACUUACUGACCUCUGAAAUACAUGUCAAAAAUCCCAACCUCAACUCUAACUGGACGUCUACAUUUCAAUAUUAUUUUAGACUCUACAAUGACUGUUUCUUCUAAGGUUGACUUUCCCAAGAUGUCUUGCUUCUAACAAAUGAAGAAAGGAGAAUACUUCUCAUUUUCUAUGACUUGUCUGAGCCUUUUAGCAAAUCAAUGAUAUAAACCAAAGAAUAAUGUCACUGUAUAUGUCUUGUAUGCAUGUGAAGUUUUCUUAGAAAUGUCCAUUAGCAUUAAAUAAAUGGAUGAAAAAAGAGAAACAAACACA